AUGAAAUGUCUAGAAUUAAAUCAAGUUAUGGUCAUAUGUAACCAUACAAUAAUUAAUCAUAUGAUAAUUGGAGCCCGGUUGAUUGCUGAAGAUCAUGGAGAAAGGAAUUAUGAAGAUCUGAAGAAGAAGAUAAUUGAGGAACGUGAAAGGCGUGAAAAGAUAUAUGGCUAUAUAUGUGCCAAUAGUUUGAGGUAUGGCGUUCUUUCAAUAUAUGACCAAAUGUGGUUCCUUAAAAGGAAAAGUUAUUGCCUUAAUAUUAUCAAAAUUUGUAAAAUUGGUAUAAUAUUAAUGAAUAUGAAUGUUUUUGGAAAUAAACCCAAAGAAAUGCGUCUAACACCAGGGACUCCGUCCCUGGACAACCUUGCCAGUAAUGCUGAUAAUCUACUGAUAAUUUAAUGUGCAAUUAUCAUUUGUUUAAUUGAAAUAUGAUAUAAUGAUAAUAAAAUCAAAAGUGAAGUG